AUGUCUGUCGAAACGCUUUCGGUUUCUCAAGUGGCUGAACCACUCCUUACCAAGUCCAGCAACCUCACGGUCAAAGAAGUUGAAGACGAUUUGGGAUUCGAUCCGGAUGCUCUCAAGGCAAAAUAUCUUGCUGAACGGGAGAAGCGUAUCCGCGCCAAUCCUAAUGGAGUGGAACAGUAUCGUGCAAUUGAAGGCUCGCUGUCCCACUACCUCGACGACCCAUGGGCUGGACAAGAUGACAAACGCGAUCCACUGACGAUAAGCACUGAAGUUGUGAUUAUUGGCGCUGGGUACGGCGGGGAACUGAUGGCGCACAACCUCAAGCAGAACGGAAUUGAAGAUUUCAAGAUCAUUGAGAAAGGCGCAGACUUUGGCGGGGUUUGGUACUGGAACCGAUAUCCAGGGGUACAAUGCGACAUUGAGUCCUACGUCUACAUGCCCAUGUUGGACCACGUUGGAUAUGUCCCCACGGAAAAGUAUGCACGCGGACCCGAACUCUUGCAACACGCACAGAAACUGGCGAGAGAACUGGGACUCUACGAAAAGGCCGUCUUCAAGACGGAGAUUCUAAGCAUCCACUGGCAAGAAGAGACUGCGACUUACUCGAUCAAAACAAACCACAACGACAACAUCCAGGCACGCUUCGUGGUAGGCGUUGCCGGGUCGCUCCAUCGACCGAAACUACCAGGCUUCCCAGGAAUCGAAACUUUUAAAGGGCACAGUUUCCACUCCAGCCGUUGGGACUACAAGUAUACCGGCGGCGACGCCACCGGAGGAGGACUCGUGAACCUUACUGACAAGAGAGUUGCGAUUGUUGGCACAGGGGCGACCGCCGUGCAGAUCGUGCCAAACAUCGCACCCUGGUGCAAGAAACUGUACGUCUUCCAACGGACGCCCUCGUCGAUCGACGUGCGCAACAAUAGACCAACAGAUCCCGGAUGGGCGAAAACUCUUACGGGAAGAUGGCAGAAGGAGCGAAUGGACAACUUCAACACGAUCGUCUGCGGCGGACACCAGGACAUUGAUUUGGUCAACGACGGCUGGACGGACAUUAUCCGCAACCUGUACCCUUCCCGAGAAGCCGCGGGAACCAUGGGCAAAGAGGAGAUGGCCAGACGACGACAAAUCCUGGACUUUCAGAAAAUGGAACAGAUCCGCAAACGCGUCAAUGCGAUCGUCAAGGACCCCGCGACGGCCGAGAGCUUGAAGCCGUACUACAAUCAAUUCUGCAAGCGGCCCUGCUUCCACGACGAGUAUCUCGCGGCCUUCAACCGGCCUAAUGUACAACUAGUCGACACCAAAGGCCAAGGGAUCGAACGGCUGACCGAGACCGGGGUGGUCGCCAACGGCGAGGAGUUUGAGAUUGACUGCCUGAUUUACGCCACGGGGUUUGAGCGUGCCACCAGCUGGAGCCACCGCGCCGGGAUGGAGGUGUAUGGCCGGGACGGCAAGAUCCUGGGCGAGAAGUUCUCGGACGGGCCCAGCACGUUCCAGGGCUGGGUCAGUCGGGACUUCCCCAACUUCUUCAUGAUCACGACGCUGCAGGCGUUUGUGACGGCCAACUUCCUGCACACCACGGCCAUCCAGGCCGAGCAUCUGGCGUAUGUGGUGGCCGAGUGCAAGAAGCGCAACAUCCGCUCCAUCGAGCCCACCCAGGAGGCUGAAGACAAGUGGGUCGAGACCAUCGUCGAGUCCGGUGUCAACUCCAGAGCCUUCCACACGGAAUGCACACCAGGGUAUUACAAUAACGAGGGCCAGAUCACCCGCAAGCUAGCCAAGAACCAGUGGUACGGAGGCAGUCCGUUGUGGGUCAUCAAUAUGCUGAGGGAAUGGCGCGAGGCGGGCCAGCUCGAGGGUCUCGCGGCAACGUUUUACCCCGAAUCCGACGGCUCCUAG